GCAGCGCGGUGUUUCCAAAACGAGCUCGAGCGGCGGCGGCUGUCAGGAGGAGCUCGUGCUGAAGCGACCGUUAAUGGCGGUUCGCGUUUAAAACCGCCUUUCGAGAGAGAGAGAGAGGGAAAAAAAGUUGCGCGUCCUCGGUUCCCAAGCCUGGUUCUUAUUCCAUUAUUAUAGACAUUAAUAUACAUACACACACACACAUAUAUAUAUAUAUAUUAUAUAUAGAGAGAGAGAGAGAGCAUUCGAAGGGCUCGGCGCCCGCUGCCUCGCUCGCGCUGCCCAUGUCGAAAAGGCUGAGGAGCAACGAGAUCUGCGCCGACUGCAGCGUCUCUGAUCUUCGCUGGGCAUCAAUAAACAGAGGAGUGUUAAUUUGUGAUGACUGCUGUAGCGUACACCGCAGUCUGGGCAGACAUAUUUCCCAGGUGCGACACUUGACACACACACCCUGGCCUCCCACGCUGCUACUGAUGGUGCAGACUCUUGUUAGCAAUGGAGCUAAUUCUAUCUGGGAGCACUCCUUACUAGAUCCCACAUCUGCAAUGAGCGGAAAGCGCAAAGCCAAUCCUCAAGAUAAAGUACACUCGAAUAAAUCAGAAUUCAUCCGAGCAAAAUAUCAGAUGCUGGCUUUUGUCCAUCGUUUACCAUGCCGUGAAGAUGACAGUAUUGCUGCCAAAGACCUGAGUACGCAACUGCACUCGAGUGUACGGACGGGAAAUUUGGAGACAUGUCUGCGACUGCUCUCCUCAGGGGCUCAAGCCAAUUUCUUCCAUCCUGAGAAAGGAAAUACUCCUCUUCACGUGGCCAGCAAGGCCGGGCAGACCCUGCAGGCUGAGCUACUCGCGGUGUAUGGAGCUGACCCUGGCUCUCCUGACGCCAAUGGCAAGACUCCAAUUGAUUACGCAAGACAAGCUGGCCACCAUGAGCUUGCAGAGCGCCUGAUUGAGAUCCAGUAUGAGCUCACAGACAGACUGGCAUUCUAUCUCUGUGGAAGGAAACCAGAUCAUAAGAAUGGCCAAAAUUUCAUCAUCCCACAAAUGGCUGACAGCAGUUUAGAUUUGUCAGAACUGGCAAAGGCAGCGAAACGGAAAUUACAGUCGCUGAGUAAUCACUUGUUUGAAGAGCUGGCUAUGGAUGUAUAUGAUGAAGUAGACCGAAGGGAAACUGAUGCAGUUUGGCUGACAACUCAAAACCACAGCACCCUGGUAACUGAGACAACCGUCAUCCCCUUCCUUCCUGUAAACCCAGAGUACUCAUCAACUAGGAAUCAGGGAAGACAGAAGCUGGCUCGCUUUAAUGCCCAUGAGUUUGCUACUCUAGUUAUUGAUAUUCUAAGUGAUGCAAAGCGGAGACAGCUGGGGAAUCCCAUCACAAAUACCAAAGAUAACGUGGAACUUGUAUUAAAGAGUAUUAACGAUCGUCACGGCAGCGAGAGUCAUGAAAACGACCAACCAGACUACGACAGUGUGGCCUCAGACGAGGACACAGACCAUGAACCAUCAGUUAAAGCAAACCGAGCCAAGAGCAUGGACUCUGACCUGUCGGAUGGGCCGAUUACAUUGCAGGAAUAUCUGGAGGUAAAGAGUGCACUCAGUGCUUCAGAGGCGAAGAUUCAGCAGCUGAUGAAGGUGAACAAUAACCUAAGUGACGAGCUGCGCUUGAUGCAGAAAAAACUUCAAACACUGCAGAGUGAAAACACCUCCCUCAGGCGGCAGGUCACUACGAAUAUCUAUCAAGUUCCCACCAGUUCAGAAUACCCAGAUCCCGCCAACCCUUCGUCCUUAAAACGGCGCCCGUCUGCACGUGGCAGCCGGCCUAUGUCCAUGUACGAGACUGGCUCUGGUCAGAAACCCUAUCUUCCAAUGGGGGACGUGACGUACCCAGAGGACAGUAUUGCAGGACUUCAGCCCUUCCCUCAACAUAUUGGGAGGAGUGCGUUUGUGACCUCCUCUUCGUCUUUACCUUCCUUCCCUUCCAUGCUUUCCUGGUCCCGUGACGACAACACCCGAAGGGCUUCAAAACUGGAGAAACAAAAUAGCAUGCCAGACAGCGACUACGACAACGCCGCAAACGACACUGAGCUGGAAGAAUCUGGCCCUUGCCAAAAGGGUAAGCCGAGAAGCGUAGGGUGGCGGGGGGAGAGCCCCACAUUUCAAGCGGAGGACGCAGAACCGGAUUCCACACUCCCCAGCACAGAGGAUGUGAUUCGGAAAACUGAACAAAUCACCAAAAACAUUCAGGAGCUUCUACACGCUGCACAGGAAAACAAGCACGAAAGCAAACAGAUUGAACGUGAGAGCCUGCGCAGGUUCAGGCACAGCCUUGGCUGUUUCAGUACGUUGGUUCUGUGGGCCGACAAAACCUCCCUCCAGCCUCUGACCCUACAGCAGCAGCCUGACCCUGCCACCUGCUUUAUGCCCUGCUCAGAAAGGAUACACGUUGCUGUAGCUGAAAUGGCAGCUCUUUUCCCAAAGAAACCUCGUUCCGAGAUGGUUCGGGCCUCACUAAAGCUCCUGACCUCCAGUGCGUACAGACUGCAAUCAGAGUGCAAGAAAACGGUGCCUGCAGAAUCCAGCCCAGCAACAGACAUCCAACUCAUCACCCAGCAAGUAAUUCAAUGUGCAUAUGACAUCGCUAAAGCUGCCAAACAGCUGGUCACUAUCACAACAAAGGAGAACAACAACUAAGCAUUUGAUUUCUCUCCCCUCCGCCACUGUUUUUAAUUUGCAUUUUUUAAAAACGCA